AUGGCUGCAAACGAUAAAGCAUGGCUUUCCGAUCAUAAAAUUACUCAUAUUCUUACUGUAGCCAAAAAUAUUCAACCAACUUAUCCUGAGUUUAUCAACAGCAAACAGAUGGUUAAAGAAGAUGGGUUAUAUAUAUGA